GACAGACAACAGAAAUCCACUCCUCACUCAGGAAUGCCAUGCAGCAGGUUGAGCUAUGAGAGUUUUGUUUCUGUUAGUCUGGCUCAAGGGACAGUGAAAUGCAUGUCCACGCUCUCUGCAGUUUAACACCCAAGCUGCACCUAUGUCCUGGGGUUAAGAAAACUCUUUCAGCAAGGAGGACAGCGACAGCUCUCCACUGAAUGUGUCACACAGGCGUCAGGUUAGGGGCACACACCAUAUGCUUCAAGUAAAAGAAGACUGAGCACAAUGGAAAUGAAUUUAAACCACACAACUCCAUAUACAUCACCACCAAACAACAAGCCUGGAUUUCCAGGUUACUAUGCCCUCAUCCCGUUUGUUCUCUUGACACUAACUGGUCUGAUAGUUGCAGCGGUAUUUUAUAUUAGAAGAAGAUCAAGGUUAGAUGAGCUGCGUCACCGACUGAUUCCUCUUUACAGCUACGACCCUGCAGAGGUUGAGGAAGAGUGGGGGGACACAGACAGGGUGGAAGAUGAGGCAGAGCUGACUGAACCUUUGUACAAGAAGACUCAGCUCUCCAUUACCUCUGGCAAAAGAAAAUGAGCUGGAAAUCAAGAAUAAAGAGUAAUUAUGUAAUGACAUAUUAUUGCACAGCACAGGUUUAAAUUAAGACUGUUUAGUGAUGUUUAAAAACACUUUUGUGUGCGUUUCAGACACUAGAUGGCACUGCAGUAAUGUGUUUGGCCUCAACAAAGAAGUUCUUUAUUUACACCCACAGAAUGAUUUCAAGGAGCUGCCAACAUGUAAUUUUUAAGCAAUAAAUGUGAAGAUAAAAUCUA